AUGAUAAUUGUUGAUGACGAUGAUGACAUCGUAACGCAGGCUGACAAGAAAGCCCACCACAAUGCGCUGGAGAGGAAGAGGAGGGACCACAUCAAGGAAAGCUUCACAAAACUCAGAGACUCCAUACCUGAAACCAAAAAAGAAAAGACAUCACGUGCAUUAAUAUUGAAGCGAGCGACGGACUACAUAAAAUUGAUGAGCCAGCGUAACCAGACGAGGCAGAAAGAGAUUGAGAAGAUGAAACGACAGAAUCAAAUACUCAGGCAACAAGGUUGUUGUUGCUGCUGCUGCUUCUGCUGCAGUUGUUGUUGUAGCUUCUGUUGUUGUUGUUAUAACUGCUGUUUAACUUGA